UCUUUUUCUUCUCACGCAGGAGUAAUCAAAGCAGGCCAUGACGUCGUCGGCGGGCGGAGGAGGCCUGCCCCCGGCGCGGGGCCUGUACGACCCCCGGCAGGAGCGCGAGUCCUGCGGCGUCGGUUUCAUCGUCAGCAUCGAGGGCGUACCCUCGCACAAGAUCAUCCAAGAUGCGGAGACCAUGUCUCGGCGCAUGGAGCAUCGUGGAGCCUGUGCCUGCGACAACAACACGGGCGAUGGAGCCGGCGUCAUGAUGGCCGUCCCCGACAAGUUCUACCGCAAGAGGCUCAGGGAGGAGCUGAACAUAGUGCUGCCCCCUGCAGGGCACUAUGCCACUGGCGUCUGCUUCUUGGAACAGAUGACAGCUCCCGAAGCAGAGAGGAGGUUCGAGGAAGAGGCCCUGGCCAACAAACUUAAGGUUCUCUGCUGGAGGACCCUGCCCACAGAUGACACAACCCUGGGCUCGGUGGCCCGUUCCACGGAGCCCUACAUGCGCCAGGUAUUUGUGGUGCCCACCGGUGGACAGGCAGGCAGCGAUUUCAAGCGAGACGUGUUCGUCCUCCGGAAGGUCACCUCCCACAAGAUCCCCACUGAUAAGCUGCGUUACUAUAUAUGCAGCCUGUCACCGGACACUAUCGUAUACAAGGGUCAGCUGACGACCACCCAGUUGUGGCGUUACUUCUUGGACCUCCAGGACCCCCAGUGCGAGACAUACUUGGCCCUCGUCCAUGCCCGCUUCUCGACAAACACCUUCCCUAGCUGGGAGAGGGCCCACCCACUGCGGCUCUUGGCUCACAAUGGAGAGAUCAACACGCUCCAGGGCAACGUGAACCUGAUGAGUGCCCGCGAGGGCGUCAUGCACACGUCCAUCUUUGGGGACCGGCUCCGCGAGCUGUACCCUGUGGUUGAGCCCAACCUGUCCGACUCUGGCAGUGUGGACACAGUGCUCGAGUUCCUUGUCAUGGCUGGCCAACGCACUCUUCCUGAGGCGGUUAUGACUAUGGUGCCCGAGGCAUGGCAGAACAAUGAGCAGAUGAACGUUGAGAAGCGGCGGUUUUACCAAUGGAGUGGCUGCGCCAUGGAACCCUGGGAUGGUCCAGCACUGCUGACCUUCUCGGAUGGCCGUUACAUUGGGGCCAUCCUUGACCGAAAUGGACUGCGGCCAUCGCGCUAUUACAUCACCAAGGACAACUACAUGGUGAUGGCAAGCGAAGUCGGUGUGCUCGACAUUCCGUCUGAGAUGAUUGUGCAGAAGGGUCGUCUGCGACCUGGACGCAUGCUGCUUGUCGACACCCUGGAGAAGAAUGUCACCAAGGAUGAGGAACUGAAGUUGCAGAUCGCCCGCCAGAGGCCUCUGGCUGAUUGGCUCAAGGAAAUGUUCACUUUGGCGGACUUGCACGAAGCGGCGGGACCCGUUCACGUGCCGGGACUGCGUCGCCAGGACACGAGCACCUUUGCCAAGAGUAGCAAGGUGUUCCAAGACUUGCGACUGCCCCUAUUUGGCUAUUCUCCGGAGACCAUCAACCUCCUGCUGCUUCCCAUGGUCCAGACUGAGAAGGAAGCCCUCGGCUCCAUGGGUAACGAUGCUGCACUGGCGUGCUUGUCACUCUGCCAGCCGCUCAUCUACGACUACUUCAAGCAGCUAUUUGCCCAAGUCACCAACCCACCCAUUGACCCGUUCCGAGAGAAGAUUGUCAUGUCACUGGCAUGCCCGAUUGGACCAGAGGCCAACAUCCUGGAGCCGAGCCCGGCCCAGUGCCGGCGCUUGUGGCUUGAGCAGCCCAUCCUCUCCCUGCGUGACAUGGAGGUCAUCAAAGAGACCACAUACAAAGGGUGGAGGACGAAGGAGAUCGACAUUGUGUUCUCGGCGAGCGAAGGAGGUGCAGGCCUCCUGAAUGCCAUCCGGCGCAUCUGCGACGAGGCCUGCACAGCUGCAAAGUACGGCUACACGCUCAUCGUCCUCUCAGACCGCAAGGCUGGCAAGGACUUCAUACCUGUCAGUGCGGCCAUGGCACUGGGCGCUGUCCACCAUCACCUCAUCACCAUGCGGCAGCGCAUGAAGUGCGGCCUCAUUGUGGAGACUGGGGAGGCCAGAGAAGUGCACCACAUGUGUGUCCUGCUGGGCUACGGUGCCGAUGCCAUCUGCCCGUAUCUCGUGUUCGAGAUGGUCGCCAUGCUGCGCUCGGACGGCCUCCUGAACCCACCCCUUUCGGACGAGCAGAUCUUCAAGAACUACGUGGCCGCCAUGGAACGUGGUAUUUCCAAGGUGAUGGCCAAGAUGGGCAUCUCAACAUUGCACAGCUACAAAGGGGCGCAGAUCUUUGAGGCCGUGGGCCUUGCCCAGGAAGUGAUCGACGUCUGCUUCCGCAACACUGCCUCCCGCAUAGGUGGUGCCACAUUUGAUGUGCUGGCUCGGGAGUUGGUCCAGCGUCACGACUUGGCCUAUUUGGGCCGCGAGUUCGACAACCUUGUACUCCGCAAUUCUGGCUUCUACCACUGGCGUAAUGGCGGCGAGAGCCACGUCAACGACCCGCUCAGCAUAGCCACACUGCAGGAAGCUGCCACUUCCAACAGCAAGGAUUCAUGGAAUCGCUACAUUGAGAAUGCUAUGAAGAGCAUCCGACAGUGCACGCUCCGUGGACAGUUUGAGUUUAACUAUGCCAGUACUCCUCUGGACAUUUCACAGGUAGAGCCUGCCAAGGAGAUUGUCAAGCGCUUUGUGACAGGUGCCAUGAGCUUUGGCAGCAUCUCCAUUGAGGCACACACUACGCUGGCCAUUGCCAUGAACCGUGCAGGCGGCAAGUCCAACACGGGUGAGGGCGGCGAGAACGCCGAACGCUGGGCACUCCAGCACCCAGACAACAACAAGCGCUCUGCCAUCAAGCAGGUGGCUUCGGGGAGGUUUGGCGUGACAGCUGCCUACCUGGCCAACAGCGACGAGCUCCAGAUCAAGAUGGCUCAGGGAGCCAAGCCAGGGGAGGGCGGUGAACUGCCUGGAUAUAAGGUGAGCAAGGACAUUGCCAAGACCCGGCACUCCGUUCCCGGUGUGGGACUCAUCAGUCCUCCGCCUCACCACGACAUCUAUUCCAUUGAGGACCUGGCUGAGCUGAUCUACGAUCUCAAGUGCUCAAACCCCAGCGCUCGCGUCUCUGUCAAACUGGUGUCUGAAGUUGGCGUGGGAGUGGUCGCUUCUGGUGUGGCCAAGGGCAAGGCAGAACACAUCACCAUUUCUGGCCACGACGGAGGCACGGGAGCGAGCAGUUGGACAGGCAUCAAGGGUGCAGGCCUGCCCUGGGAGCUGGGCAUUGCCGAGACCCACCAGACGUUGGUGCAGAACGACCUGCGCUCGCGCAUUGUCCUGCAGGCUGACGGGCAGAUACGCACAGGCUUUGAUGUGAUUGUGGCCGCCAUCUUGGGUGCGGACGAGUUCGGCUUCUCGACUGCGCCGCUCAUUGUCAUGGGCUGCACCAUGAUGCGCAAGUGCCACCUGAACACCUGCCCCGUCGGCAUAGCAACACAGGACCCUGAGCUCCGAAAGAAGUUUGAAGGGAAGCCAGAGCAUGUGGUCAACUUCCUCUUCCUCUUAGCCGAGGAGGUGCGAGGCUAUCUGGCCAAGCUUGGCUUGCACAGCCUGCAAGAGGCGGUCGGCCGCACCGACCUCCUGCGCGCUGCCCCCUUUGAGGGCAACCCCAAGGCGAAACUCCUCAACCUCGACACCAUUCUCCUCAAUGCAUUGAGCCUUCGACCUGGAACCAACAUUCGUGGGGGCAGCAUUGCACAGGACUUUGAGCUUGGCAAGCGCAUGGACAACCUGCUCAUCAAGCAGUCCAAGGCUGUGCUCGAGGGUCGAUCCAAAGAGGUCACCCUGCACAUGGACAUCACCAAUGAAGACCGAGCGUUCGCCACCACGCUGAGCUACCACAUCGCCAAGAAGUAUGACGAGGAGGGCCUGCCUGAGGGAUCCCGGAUCAGCGUGUUCCUCAAGGGGUCUGCGGGACAGAGCUUCUGCGCCUUCUUAUCGCGGGGGGUCUACGUGACCUUGGAAGGCGAUGCCAAUGACUAUGUUGGCAAGGGGCUGUCAGGAGGUGAGCUGGUGAUAUUCCCACCCAAAGACCUCCCACCCGAAUUCAAGUCCGAAGAGAAUGUGAUCGUCGGCAACGUGUGCCUCUACGGCGCCACAUCGGGCCGGGCGUUCUUCCGCGGCAUUGCGGCUGAGCGCUUCUGUGUGCGCAACUCGGGUGCCACUGCAGUCAUUGAGGGCGUGGGUGACCACGGUUGCGAGUACAUGACUGGUGGCCUGACCAUCAUCUUGGGGCCCACAGGCAGGAACUUUGCCGCUGGCAUGUCUGGCGGUAUCGCGUACGUCCUUGACGUGGAUGGCAAUUUCCGGAACAAGUGCAACGCCAUCAUGGUAGACCUGUUGCCACUGGAGCUGGCCGAGGACCUGGACCAGGUGGAGUCCCUGAUCCGCGAGUUCUAUGACCUGACGGGCUCCGCAGUCGCUGCCUCGCUCCUCUCCAAGUGGCCCGACUCGGCCAAACUUUUUAUCAAGGUGUUCCCGAAGGAGUACCAGAGGGCACUGAAGCAGUUAGCAGAGGAGAAGGCGGCGCUCUCGAUGCAGAACGACCGAGUUGCUCCGACCGCACCCGCCCCUGCAGCGACUGAGAAAGUGGGUGACAUCGAGGAGGUGAUUGCAGAUGGUGACGCCAAGAAGAAGCAGCUGGAGAAUGUUGACAAAAUCCGGGGCUUCAUGAAGUACAAGCGUGAGACGGAGCCGUAUCGGCCAGCAAUGCAGCGAAUGCAGGACUGGAAGGAGAUCUACAAUCGGCAAGGAGUCCGCAAGAACAUCCGCGUACAGGCCGCCAGGUGCAUGGAGUGUGGUGUUCCAUUCUGCCAGUCAUCUCAUGGCUGCCCCCUGGGCAACAUCAUCCCCAAGUGGAACGACCUCGUCUACCGGCAAGACUGGAAGGAGGCCCUGGCCCAACUGCUGCAGACGAACAACUUCCCAGAGUUCACUGGCCGAGUCUGCCCGGCUCCGUGCGAGGGAUCCUGUGUGUUGGGCAUAAAUGAGCCAGCGGUGACCAUCAAGAACAUUGAGUGUGCCAUCAUCGACCAUGCCUUUGAGCAGGGCUGGAUCCAUGCUGAUCCACCAUCGCAGCGGACGGGCAAGAAAGUGGCCGUUGUGGGUAGUGGACCAGCUGGUUUGGCCGCAGCUGCUCAGCUGAACAAGGCUGGUCACGAGGUCACCGUCUUUGAGAGGAAUGACCGCGUCGGUGGCCUGUUGCAGUACGGCAUACCUACCAUGAAACUGGGAAAAGACGUCGUGAAGAGGCGUGUUGACCUGAUGGCAGAGGAAGGCAUCACGUUCAAGACCUCGACAGACGUGGGCAAGGACGUGGCCAGCAGUGACCUGAUGUCCCAGUUCGAUGCCCUACUCCUAACCACAGGAUCAACAUGGCCGCGUGAUCUCCCCAUCCCCGGCCGCCAUCUGGAGGGCAUCCACUUUGCCAUGAGCUUCCUGGAGACUUGGCAGAAGAAGCAGAUGGGCAACGACAUCGACCACCUGCCGCUGUCGGCCCGCAACAAGGACGUCAUUGUCAUCGGUGGUGGAGACACUGGUGUGGACUGCAUUGCCACCUCACUGCGACAGGGUGCACGGAGCAUUGUGACCUUCGAAAUCCUGCCGCAGCCCCCUCCGCAGCGUGCAGAGGGCAACCCUUGGCCCCAGUGGCCUCGCAUCAUGCGCGUGGACUAUGGCCAUGAGGAGGUCCGCCUCAAGUACGGCCAGGACCCACGACACUACAGCAUCCUCAGCAAGGAAUUCCUGGACAAUGGUCAGGGCCACGUUUCGGGCAUCCGGACAGUUCAAGUCAAGUGGACUAAGGAUGCCACAGGCCGCUGGAACAUGGAGGAGCUGCCGGACACCUCCAAAGUCUUUAAGGCUGACCUGGUGCUACUUGCCAUGGGGUUCCUGGGUCCCGAGAAAUACCUCAUCGACGAGCUGAGCCUGGAGCAAGACCCACGGUGCAACAUCCGCACCUCAGCAAACUCGUACCGCACGUCGGUGCCACGGGUCUAUGCUGCCGGAGACUGCCGCCGAGGCCAGUCCCUCGUGGUGCAUGCCAUCAACGAGGGCCGCCAAGCCGCCCGGCAAAUCGACCUUGACCUCGCCGGAAAGAGCCUGCUCGCGGGUCCCGGAGGCAUCAUUCCUUUCACGUACGAGCUCGCUGUUGGCUCGUAAACAGCCACGUCCGGGGCUGCAGUAGUUGCUCGGACUGUCGUACGUUUUCGUUCCGCGGUUUACCUCCCCGGGGUUUUCCGCCAAGAGUAGGUAGUGUGUGAGCCAGUGCGCACUCAAGCGCCCUUGACAGACCCACGCUGCGUGUGAGGAAGCUGACAGAGGCCAAGACUCCCUUCUCGUGCAAGCUCGGCAUCGGCAGCUAAGCAGUGACCUCCGCUGUAUCUCCAGCUGUCACUCUUAGUGUCGUACUAUUUUCAUUCUGCAGUUUGCAUUGGGAAUGCCACUGAAGCGUAAGUAGUGCUUGCGGCCAAAGGUUUGUGAGCACUCUAAUGAAUUAACAUGUCUCGAGAGUUGCCAACAGGAGGGGUUGAGAGACAAGGCCUUGGGCUGGCUGCAGUGGCCUCACUCUCAGAAAAGCCUUUGUUUGAGGUGCUGGCGUUGCGGGUUCCGUGAAGGCAGUCCAGGCACGUGUGCACAUGCGCGCACACCAUUCCUGCAGGAGCGAACUGGGGUUUCUAGCACUAAAACUGGGGUGCCUACGUAGAGUGCCAUCAUUCCGGUUGCAUCUCACCACAGAAAGCAAAGUGAAUAAAAGUAAAGGGCAAAAAAUUAACUUGUAAAGAACAAAUAUUGACAACCUGGGAGAGUUGAAGGCCAGGGCCCAGCUUUAAGUUCAGAUUGCACACAAUGUGGCAGUUUGUUUUUUCUAGUUUCGUUCUGUUCUCAAUUCCACCAAGCUGAUUGGCUGAUUCUAAAGAUAGAACAAUGGUAGUGCUCGAGCCAACAACUGAGGGUGUGGUAAAGAGGCUAGAAGUAAUGUCGCAUCAUCGUGCUCAAGCUACAGGCACAAGCUGCUUAAAACAAACGGAAUGUCCGUUGUGCCAAGCAGGAUAUUCUGGGACAUCUUGGGAACGCAAUUAGCCAUCUUGCACAGGAUGAUGAAUGGUAGAGUAAAAAAGCUCUGAUGGUGAUGCUGGCCAUAGGUGGAUCCAGCCUUGUGGGAAUUGCUGGCAGUUGCUUUCUUGCGGCACUGUUUUUUGAAGGCUAUGGCUAAGUGCAGACAACUGUGCUACGCUGGCAGAAUAUAUGACAUUGGUGUCUGAUGCCUUACAUUAAAUGCCGUAAGUUCUUGUUCUAACUGCUUUGGCAGAAAGGAAGCCCUCGCGUAAGCAGCUUCAAGAAUGGUGUGUCUGUCACUGUCUGCAGUUUGCAUGUCUUUGCAUUCGUGCCUGGACUUAAUUUCCCGUGAUGUCGCAGCUCUUGACGAGGCAUUGCAGCUGUUGGUAUUAUUUUAUAUUCCUUGUUGUUAAUGUUGAUGUUUACCGUUGCCGUGUUUUACUUGUGUUUCCACGCAAACACAAAUUGAGAGGUGUAAUGAAAAUAAAAGAAAGAAAAAUGCACUGAGAAACUCUUGUGGACAUUUUGGCAGCCAGAAUCCGAUUCACUUCUAAAAAAAAAAACAAUAGCAUGCACUCUCAGAAGGUGCAGUGAAAGCAGUUGUGUUGUUUUGAGGUACUUGAAUGUGUACUAAGUGAGCACUGUUAUACCACUGACCUGCCCUGCACUCUUUCUCGUGCUACAAGAAAGCUUUCAAACUUCUAAAGCGAGGAAUUUCAGCACUGGGCUUUUGUAUGGCAGGGAUUAAUUGCUUUUGUCUGUGAACAGCUAUGCCGCUGCUAUUUAGUUAUCUUUAACGAAGAUCUCUUUCUGUUCUUUAAUCUGUAUGCAUACCAGAAAGCUCGGCAUCAGCCUAGGUUAGGAGAUGGUGUAAUGUCUUACUUAACAAAACUACAGAGUGUGGCAUCUUUAUGUGACAUUACGGGUUACCUUAUUAAUUAAAGAUUAAAGCAUCUUGCCAUGUCCGCAUUACUAUAGCAGUUUUGGCCUCAUGACUUGGCCGUUUUAUCUGUAAUGAUACCUUAAAUGGCCACUCCAUUUUGGAGUGGUCACUCCACUCCAAAUGGCCACUCCACUCUAAAUGGCCACUCCAAAAAGCCAAUUUGGGGCUGUCUGCAAUGGUUUGCAAACAACAUUAGUCAAGAGCAUGAUUUUAAUCAGUGUCUUGGGACUUGCAUAUUAUGUAUUUAAAAUAAGAAUGGAACCCUUUCCGCAAGUUGAGCAUAUUGUGAUUUUGCUCUGAGAGCUUGUUUUCUAGAAAAUUAGUCUGGUCACUCGGAAGUGACACACCAAUCUUGAAGAGGUAACUUGCAUCGUGGUGGUUUAAAGUAACCAGUUGGGCUCUACACCCUCUAGUUGGGCACUUGGCAUCUGAUAUGAAGGCAAAAAGUAAAGAUUGUGAGAAAGUAGGUACGAAACAAAAAAAAAGUAAGCGAAAGAAACGAGUGGUGCACCAGUGGCAACUAAUGCCGAUUGAAUUUCUUAUCACUCCUCCUAAGAAAUAGGAAUUGGACAUAGUGUUAAGCCCUAUGCCAACCAUGCUGUAGUUGUCUAAAGCCUAGCCUGAAGCACAUAUAAACAUUGUUGCCAAAUUUAUGACUAGCGGAAGAGCUCCUACUGAGUUUGCGUUGAAACUACUAGAAGCCUAAAGGCAUUAGGAGUUCUAAGUUUGCAUAUGUGUCAGCUUUAGCAUGAAACACACAUUGGCUUAAUUAUUUUUAAUAGAUGCCUGCGAGUGCUGCGACUAGUAAUUGGUUGUGCAAUAUACAUAGCACUCACUUUUGUAGCGGGUGUUUAUAACAAACUUAUGUUCAUGACAAACAUAAGACAGAACAUGUGGUUAGAAAGUAGCCGCAGACUUUGUUUCAACUUGAAACAAAUGGAACUGUUUGUUCUUUGACGUCAUGCUACUGCUGGGAAAAAAAAGUAUUCUUUGAACAAUGACACAAGCCUCCUGGAACAAGAACUGAGCUCUGUAUAACAAACUUUAUGCAAUUUCCUUAGCCUGACUCGUAUGCAUACGUACAUACAGUGACUAAAUUAAGGUUUCUGGUUCUUGGAACCAUUUAAAUGUUUGGAAAAAGAAACAGUCUACGACCGUUUAUUAAGAUGGCAUGAGCAUUCUAUUCAGCACUUUCAGGCAGUGUGGUAAAGGGACAAACACGCAGUGCAAGUAACAGUGCAGUGUGUGUAAUACACGUGCACAUGAACAUGGUGCAUGCGUAAAAAACAUUUUUUUUUUGCACAUGGUUGAGUGCUCAUGUAUGUCACAGCUGUAACACCUGUGUACACAGUGUGCUGUUGGAGAGCAGCUACCUUUUUUUUGGCUUACUUUUUAAACCGCUGGGCCCAAAACAAUAUGAAGCAAAUUCUAUUGCACCAUCCUUGCACGGAGACAGUGUGAUUGAAAACGCCUAGGAAUAGCCAUGACUGGAGUGUCAAGUCUUUUAGCAGAACGUUUCACAAGGUUUCUCAUUUCACAAGGUUUCCAAAGGUGGCUCAGGAGACUUUUGUUUGUAUGUGCCUGACUGGUUCGAGCUAGCGAGACCGUCGGAUGAAAGCUUAGGAAUUUGCUCAGCCUAACAAUCAUUCAGCAGUCUAUUGUGAGAUUAGCGGGCUUUCAUAUCCUUAUGCACGUGUAUUUUGCAACCAGCAAACUGUACUGAUGUUGGAGCGGGCACCACAAAGGAGCACCGGUGGAAGGUUCUAGCUCUUCUGGCACACUGGGGGUCACACUUUGGCUAUGGUUUGCUGAAGUUGUGGAGUUCGCCAGUACAGUCUGCAGCGCAAGAUAACGGGUCAAACGAGUGAGACACACAAAAGAACGCAGUGUGCACUUGUCUCCUCUAUCAGUCGUCGAGCGGUCUUGCACCGCAGGUUUGAAUAUAUAGUGGGAUUUGCUCGCGCUUCAAUUGAGUGCAUUAGACUCCUAUAUAACUGCGCCUGCCAGGUCACCCAAGCUGCCCCAUUAUCACUGGGGGCACUGCUCGUGUAGGAUAGAGUAGCUCCAGUUUUGCAUAAUAACGGCCUUUGUCCCUGCUACUGUGAAAGAAUUGGCCAUGGCGUAUGACAAGGAGCAGUUGGUGCCCUAGUAACAGAUCGUGCGAGUGGUGGCAGCAGGCAACAACUUGCAAAAAAACUGUAUACAGUCAAACGCCAUUACAACAAAGUUGCAUGUGACAUGAAAAUACAUUACAUCCAACAUUCAUUAUAAAGAUAUAUUUGUUGCAUGCUGAUAUUGGCAAUAAGCAUUUUAGAUUUACUUCUUUAUAUCCAUGUUCAUUUAAUUGGAGGUUCGACUGCAGUAUGUCAUCUAAAAUGGGGAUGUAGCUUUCUUGUUUUUUGCUUUACCUGUGCAUUUGUUACUGUCGGUUAGGUUAACGCAAGGCGCAGUGCUAAUGUGAAAGUAGAAGCUUCCAGCGAGCAACCUAGGUGCCAGUAGCGCCCCCGAGUAGUAAUGUAGUGCAACACGAGCGAUAGUGCUUCUCCGCUGCGUUAGGCACGACUUGGCAGGCGCAGGGCUGUUUAAACAGGGCCGUGUCAAGUGUAACCUUAUAACAUAUCGUUUGUUGUCAUUGUUGCUGUUAUACUGUCGUUGCGAGGCUUUCGGCCACCCCCCUGUGAUGCUAUAGCUGUAGCACCACAUAGUUUCACCGUCUGGCUUGUACCGUGUUGUGACCUGUGCCCACUUGUUAGCCGCUUGCCAGCAAUACUACUCGCAGCAGCAGCAGCAACGCAUGUCGCGCGGCCGGUACGUUUUGAGUCUUUCAUAGUGUGGUGCUCCUUGGGCUUCCGCUUUGUCUCUUCCGUCUUUUUUUUUCUCUCUCUCCCAGACGUUGAGAGAACUGUUGUGCUUUCCUCGGGCAGUCUCGGGCCAGAUUGAUAAGCUCGGAGUCAUUUCUGCGGUGAUCUGUGGCCCAGGAGGUCGUUCAUUGCGGUAAAACUGCCAGGAAUUGUAGAAGGGGGGAAAAAAUGAUACAGUCACAAGAAGUAAAGAACAAUCUUUAGUGUAAGACCACUUCACAGGGCAGCGGUGAGGGCUGAUAACAUGUAUGUGUUGUUUUGUGUGUUUGAAUGUUCAUAAGAGCUAUUGAUUCUUGGUCACUCGUGGUGUUCACAAGCGGUGGUGUUCACAAGAUCUCUCUGGGGAGAGCACAUGGCGAAGCAUCAGUUCUUGCUGGCAACCUGGCAUUCAACAUGCCCAGGUGGCCUUGCAACUUGAGCUUUGUUGCAUUAUUGUGUUACGAUCGGUAACAUUGGACGCACUGGUUUGUACGUACACUGUUGCUGAGUAUGCACUGCAUUGCCAGUGCUCUAUGAAAUAUUGCAUAAUUAAGAUAGGCAUGAACAGCCCUUCCUGCUGAACCUGUGCCUGAGUCGCAUUGGUAGUUUCGUUUGCACAGAGGCAGCAUGUUGCACUGUAUUUUGUUUAAUCCAGUGCGUUGGGGCAGCACUAGCCCGUGUUGGUUAGAAUAAGUCAUAAGGACUUGUUGUCCGGGGCACAUGCUGUGUUUUGUCCUAACAAUGGCAAAUGGCACCACCAUUUCUUUAACUGAGAUAAUUUUUCGGUCGUCCCGCAUCACCACAGAUGUUAUGUAUAGUUGCAAUUCAUUCUGGACGAAACAAGUAGUGCCUUCAAACAAGGUAUCGAACCAAAUAAUGCAACAAAAUUCCACUUCGUUGUGGAAGUUGGGUUCGUAUAAGCCAGUAAUUUAGCUGACAAGAGCUGCUUAUACUUGUCCCUCUUGUUUACGCAACGGUCUAUGUGUAGGUGCAAAAAUGUGUCAAGUGUGGCAUGUCCUUUCAGUUUGGUUGAUUGCACAAUCAAAAAUAAACGAAAAUAGCAAGAGGCUUGUAUUGAAAGAGGAAUAUAAAAGGAUGAUGGAGAUGAUCUUGCACCGCAUAGCACAUCAGGAUGCAAUAUGUUGCCCAGUGACACCAACAGCACUUAACAGGCUGUACUAUUUGACUCUGUACUGCCACUGACUCUCCCCAAAGGGGUCCAGGAUGAGGUACGUGGCACCCUCGUGUAAGUGCAUGCUUGUCAUUUUGGGUGAUUCAUUAAACGUGUAUUUAACAACGUGCUUUGUGAAGUCAUAUAUGGUGGAUGUUGUUCCUUGUCCUGAACAUCGCAUCACUGAACGUCACUUUGUCAACCCAAGUACUUAAGUUCCUUCAUCCGGUGUUCGAGCACAGCCUUUGAACCUUGGUGCUGAUCUCGGCAUGCAAUCACUCUGUUGGUGUUUUGUGCAGAUGUGUUGCAUUCUCUUCGUAAGCAAGUCGUAUGUGUAUACUGAAUGGUGCAUUGUUCAGCCGGCAUGACAAGAGCAAGGAGCAGCGCUGAUGCUCUACAUACAACCAGCUCACGGCUUUGAUUUGCAAAAAGCGUCACUUCGGUCAAGCUUGUGACUGUGUGGCGUGUGGCCGGGCUGAGAGUUGCAAAAAGAUAAUAAACCGUUGACGUAUGAGUGGAAGUGCAAACAUAACUUCUUUGCUUUGGGGCAUUAAAUCCUUUGAAAUAGUUACAUAUAACUCCCUAGAGCCUUUGACUUUUUGAAAAAGCAAAGCAGCAAGAGAAAUUCAUUCUAAUACUUGUAAAAUUUUGCUUUAGUCAAAAUUUUUAGUGGCUUCUUUGUGGCAGCACCAAGAAAAUUGGGAGUGAAGGCAUUGGUAAGAUUCAAAAAGACACAGGCAUUUCAGUAGCGUGCCCCUUCAUGUUAUAGCUUUCGUGAAGUAGUGCAUAGUGGUACUUGGCAUUAUGCUGUGAAGCAUUCAGCCAUCUCGCAGAACUCUCGUGGCUUGAAAGGACCAUUUUACACCAUAAAAAAAGAAAAACAGAAAACACAGUGCGGAGAAUAAUUGAACGGCAGGUUCGAAACGAGGUGUGCAUUCUAGGAAAGCAUUCUGCGUGUUAUGAGAACCUUGUGCAGAAAAGAAACACACAAUGUUGCAAACAUGCCCUUCAGUGCCAUAAUGUUAGCAUCCAGGCCAGAUUUUUUCUCCUGUUUUUGUAUUCUUUGACUUCUGAAGCCCACCAUGUCAAUGUACACAUUAAAUUGAAGUCGCAUCUGGCGUGGAAGUAUCUUCGUUAUAUCUGAUAUUCAAUACAAGCGUAUGUUUGUUACAUGCUGAUAUCGGCGACUAACAUUUUAGCUUUACUUUCGUUAUAUUCGGUAAUUUGUUAUAUCCGAUAAUGUGUUACACACGCGUUUAUUAUAUCGAGGUUUGGUUUCUCACUGGUGAAAUUACACAUCAGGAAUAGCUUUUCGGUCUAGCCAUGUGGUGCUUGGUUGAAUAUGUAACGAACAGAGCAUAUUAUAAAAGCCUUGGCAGUCUGUUUUAUACCUUAAAGAAAGUGUUGCUUAGACUUUUGACAAAGUAAAAUAAUCUACCUUGUAUUGCUUGCUUCGUGUCAGAUAUGGGCUCUUUUAAUUGAAACUGCCACUGUGUCAGGAAGUCUUAUCUUUCCUUUGACAGUUUGAAGCUAAUGUGUUAUCUAGUUUUCCUGUGGGUGCAAAUAUUUAGGAGUCAAAAGUCAUUUCAGUGAAUCAUAAGGAAAGUUAGUACUACCAAAAAAGCUGCUCAUUAUGUGUCAUUACAGUGGAUUAGCAAUUUAAAUUUACGACACUUUUCGUGGGUGUGGCGAUUAUAAGCAGUCGUUUGUCAGUUACCCGUGCUAUAGUUCUAUGUUUUUAUUAGGGUAUAAAAGGGCUGUUGAGUAUUGGUCAGAAAAGCUGCUUUGCUCACUGUCAUUUAGAUUGGUAAUCCUCGUUUUAUGUGCAUUGUGCAAAACAUCGUGACUUUCUUGUGACCAUUUUUUGGACGUGCAUGCUUGAAUAAGUCAAACAUGUGCCAUUUUGGAGAACGCUAUUCUGAUGUGCGGGUUUUAUAAUAUCUGAUAAACCUUCAAGAGCAAAGUAAAAUUAAUUUUGUACGCCUCUGCCUGAUAAGUGCAGUCAUGUGAGGUACAGCAUUCACAACAGCUAACCAUAGUUUUAUCUGCUACUAGCAGUGAAAUUUGCAGCUAAUGACUUGCAAAAGUUGUGAAGAUUUAUGACACAUUUCGUUACAAGCAUAUAAUUUUCACCAUCUGUAGGUUUCAAGACUUUUGCUGAAUUUUGCUGGUAGAUGUCGCUCCCAUCACUAUGUGUAUAAUUAAGGACAGGGAGCAUUCUUUCUUCUGGCUUUAACUGCAUUUGCUGAUCAAUUCUUAUGAGAGUGAUGAAACAAUGAAGUGUUGAAUAAAGUUAGUCUAUGCACAUUUAUUUGAAAAAAGAUUAGCUUCAAACUGUCAAAGGAAAGAUAAGACUUCCUGACACACUGGCAGUUUCAAUUAAAAGAGCCCAUAUCUGACACGAAGUAAGCAAUACAAGGUAGAUUAUUUUACUUUGUCGGAAGUCUAAGCAAGUCAUGUUACUUGCUUUCGCUCAGUCAGUGAGGCCAUGUACCACAGUUUUGUAGCUGCAACACCUACAAAAACUAGAGCAAUGAUUGCGUCUGAGGCAACUUUUUUUUUUUGCAUAGAGCAACUUCAUUUUUCGCGCUUAAUUGGAGCUGAUGUACAGAAUGUGCAGAAGUUUGACCUAAACCUAGAUUAUUUGCACUGUGACUGGCUAUAGUCAGGUGGAACAAGCUGUGUAAUAUGUUUAUGCUUACACAGGUUUGAUGUGGUGCAAAUUAGUGGGUCCAUUUCGUGGGCCAUGGCUCAUUUAUUCACUGCAAAUCAUCACACAUUUUCAACAUAUAAUUCUGUACAAAAUAUGAAGAAGCACUAAGAUUUAGUGGUUUGUUAAGCUUAAACAGCUAUGUCAUGGUGUGGCCUGUUCCAGUAUGCACACCUUGUGAAUUCUAAUUUCAGCUGCCUUUUUUCUGGGUGCCUUUGCAGCGAGACAUUAAUCCUAAACAUUUUGAACUGAUGCUGUCUUUACUGCAAACUAGUGAAAAAAAGUGACUUAAUUCUGCCCUUACAUUGGGAAAGAUAAUAUCUUUAACCUCACCAGCCCUGUAAAAGUAGUUGAGAAAUGUUCUGUUACAGCUGAUCUUCAUAUGUUGAGGUUUAUCAGCAUACGAGUGUCUGACCUUAUACUGAUAUGUACACACUUAAAUAUAUAAUUAAUACAUUGAUUCUGGAAACUGUGUGAACCUAGUCGGGGCAGAAAACUAACUUCUGCUAGUCUGUGUGCAUUGCACAUAUAAACUUUAUGAUCAUCUAGUGCUGUUCAAACGUCAGCGUUAAUUGCACAGUUCUGCACUUUACUAUCCUCGUGUGAUUUUAGUGCUGCAGUGGGCUUUAAUGCACUGUUUUGAACCACCAGUCUUUCAGUCGAUGCGUGUCAAAUAAAUAAAAAGAAAUCUGUGCUCUCUUAGGAUAGCAUACAGGUCCAUUUACAUCUUAGGCAAGUGGGGACACUAUUGUCCUUUAGCCUAUUCUUUGCUGCUGAGUUCGCCUACCAGAUGCUUAGGCAGGAACAAAUUUUCCUCGUUAGAAGGAAUGACAUGUGCCGCUUAGCACGAAUGUUUCUGAACACUCCAGGUGCCGUAGACAGUUGCUGUGUGUCAACUUUGGUGGGAGUAUACACUGGCAAAGAGAAUCAUGUAUCAGUGUCCAUGUAAAUAGUCGUGUAAGUAGUUGUAUGGUCAGUGUAAUAAAAGCAUGAAACAGAAA